AUGGCCGGUUUAUUUGUUCAAGAUGAAGAUUUAGACGAUGAGUUUUUACAACAGGAGUUAUCUAGACAGGAGGAAGUAAUAACUAGAAAAGUAAGAGAUUCAUCUCCGAAAGUGACAGAUAAUGAUGAUCUUCCUAUAAUGAGCACUCAGGAAAUUGCUUCCGACAAGAUAAUUGAUAAUAUAUCUGACGAAGAAGAUGAAAAACCACUGUAUCCCCUAAUACCAGUAGAUACCGACCAAGGGAAUGACUUAAAACCCAAUAUUGAGGAUAUCAGACCUGUUGACAUUCAACUGAAUGUAGAACUUCCAUUCCAAACACAAAUUAUAGAGAGUUGUUUGGUUUCAGAUGAUCCGCUUGUGAUUCUCGGGAAAGGUUUAGGUGUGACUAAUAUUGUUUCAAAUUUAUUGCAUAUACUUGCGACACCAACUGUAGUAAAUGGGGAGUCAAAGAGAUCUCUCGUAAUUGUACUAAAUGCUACCAAUGCUGAUAAUAAACGAUUAUAUCAGGGUUUACAAGAGUUUGCUUGGCUUGAUGAUCGGCAUGAAAAUGAACACGAACAAGCUUUUCAAACUCCAUUCCAUAUUGUUACUUCUGAUUCGUUAAGUGUUGAAAAAAGAAGGAAAUUAUAUUUAAGAGGGGGUAUUAUUAGUGUAACUUCCAGAAUUUUGAUUGUUGAUUUAUUGUCUGGGAUUUUACACCCAAAUAAGGUAACGGGGAUGAUUGUUUUAAAUGUUGAUUCUUUGAAAAAUUAUUCCAAUGAGUCGUUUAUAUUAGAGAUAUAUAGAUCUCAGAAUAGAUGGGGGUUUAUUAAAGGGUUUUCUGAAGUCCCAGAAUCAUUCAUAAUGGAAUUUUCACCUUUAAUGAAAAGAAUGAAAGAAUUACGUUUCAAAAAUGUUCUUUUGUGGCCUAGAUUUAGAGUAGAGAUUUCAUCGGUUUUAAAUAAGAACUCUGAUUCAAAUAAGGUAAUAGAAGUUAAAGUAUCCUUGACUAAUUCGAUGUCACAGAUACAAUUUGGCCUUAUAGAAUGUUUGAAAAAAUGCAUUGACGAAUUGAAUAGGAAGAAUACAACAUUAUCGUUAGAAUGGUGGAAUUCUGAAAACUCAUUGGAUCCUAAUUUUUUGAAAUCAAUAAACUCCGUAAUGAUGCCAAAUUGGCAUAGAAUAUCGUAUGAAUCCAAACAACUGAUCAAGGAUAUCAGAUUUUUGAUACAUCUGCAUAAAGCACUUUUAAGUGCAGAUUCUGUGGAUUUCUAUGAAGAUAUUCAAACAAGUUUAGACGCGAAUAAACCAUCCGUAUCUAAGAAAUACUCAGAAUCUCCUUGGUUAAUGGCUGAAGAAUCUCAGUUGGUGAUAUCGUAUGCUAGAAAGAGAGUUUACGAUAAAGAAGAAUAUUCUCUAGAAGAAAUGCCUAAAUGGGAACAAUUAAUGAAUAUUAUAGAGGAUAUUGCACAAUCUAGGUUGAAAAAUAAUUAUACGGGUCCGACUUUAAUAGUUUGUUCUGAUGAUAAUACUGCUAUGCAAUUGUCUCGCCUACUGAAAAUAGGUAAUGUAAAACAAGGCUUAAGAAGAUUAAUGCUUUCAAAAUUACAACAUUACAAAGAGAGAAGAGAGGAAAGGAAAAAACUAUUAAAUGAAGUUAAGGACAAGCAUAAUCAACCAACGGAAUUAGAUGUCAGUACUACAUUUUCUAAAGAACAUACGGAAUCUAAAAGGAGGAGAACCAGAGGAGCUGCUGUUGUUGCACAGGUUCAAAGGUUGAAAACUGCAGGUUCAGGAGAAGAUAUAGAAGGUGCUAUCGAUUCUUAUGAUUUACAUAAUGAAUUAAGCCUCAUUGAGGAUGAAAAUGAUAAAGUUUCCGAUAUCGAUUUAAUGGAGAACUACGCUUUAGAUAAUGAAGGUAAUGAUAUUAUUACACAAAUGGAAAAUAUUCCAGACGAUCUUGAAACUAUUGAUGAUAAUCAAGAUUUUGAAUUACAUCAGAUAAUGGCGGAAACCCGCACUAAUUUGACACAUGAGACUUUUGAAAAACAAUUAGAUAAUAUUAGUUUCAUAGAUACAUCAGAACAAAUUAUAAUUGAAACUUUUUCUAAUAUUGAUGAUGAAACAUUAUUACAAGAGAUUAGACCAUCAUUUAUUGUGAUGUUUCAACCUGAUUUGAUAUUUAUUAGGAGAGUAGAAAUGUAUCGUACAAUUCAAAAUGAGAAAUUAAAAAUAUAUUUCAUGUAUUAUGCUGAAAGUAUUGAAGAACAACAACAUUUAACAUCCAUUAAACGAGAAAAGGAUGCAUUUUCUAAAUUAAUCAAGGAAAAUGCCCAACUGGCCAAUCAUUUUGAAGCCCCUGAAGAUAUUUCUCAUUUUAAAAAUCUUGCAGAGAGACAAAUGAAAAUGAAUAAAUUGAAUAAUAAAAAUACCAGAAAUGCAGGUGGUCAAAAUAGGAACGCUCAUUUUACUCAGGAUGUAAUCAUUGUCGAUACACGUGAAUUUAACGCUUCGUUACCUGGUCUUCUAUUCAGGUAUGGUGUGCGUGUGAUUCCAGCAAUGUUAUCUGUUGGUGAUUAUAUCAUAACACCUGAUAUAUGUCUUGAAAGAAAGUCCAUAUCUGAUUUAAUUGGUUCUCUUCAGAAUAAUAGACUGGUAAGUCAAUGUAAAAAAAUGUUAAAAUACUAUAAAUAUUCUGUUUUACUAAUUGAAUUUGAUGAAAACCAAUCUUUUUCGCUAGAGCCAUUUAGUGAACGAAAAAAUUAUAGGAAGACAGAUCUAUCAACCACACCUCCAAUAUCAAGCAAAUUAUCUCAGGAUGAUAUACAAUCAAAGUUGGCAAAAUUGAUUAUUAACUUUCCUGCGCUCAAAAUUAUAUGGUCAUCGUCACCACUUCAAACAAUAAACAUUAUAUUAGAAUUGAAACUUGGUAGGGAACAACCCGAUCCUAAUGUGACAAUCUCUUUUGGUACACAUUUGAGGCAUAAUGCGAAGGCAAAUGGUAUUACAUCGAUCAAGGACAUAGAAAAUAGCGAGAAAUUUUCGAACUUGUUAAGUAUUGAAGGUAUUUCGAAGAUCGAUUACUUUAAUCUAAGAAAGAAAAUAAAACAAUACAAUAAGUUAACCAAGAUGGAUAUUGAUCAAUUAACUGAGAUUACAGGUGAUUCUAUGUUAGCAUUCAAAAUUUUAGAUUUUAUUCAAGAGCAAAAGGAGCUCGAAGAAGAUAUUGAUAUCGAUGGAAUAUGA